CUUCUUUCCAUUCAAUCGAUCCACUCAACCAAACCACCCAUCAUCAAUAUAUCUCAUAACAAAAAAGAGGACUGAAUCGAAAGCAUGUCCAACCAACAGAACCAACCACCGCAGUCGCAGCAGCAACCGCGCGUCAUCCUCGACCCGCACAACUAUCAGCGUCCGCGGCCAGCACCGCGCCCUCGUACUGUCCAGGAUAUUCGCCAGACGAAGGAGUAUAAGGUCGCUGCUAGACGAUGGCUUUCGACGAUCGUCGCGCUGCCGAUCCUGAUGUAUACGUCUUAUAUGCUUUUUGAGAGGACAUAUGGAAAUAAAAGUCCGAGGUCAUUGGGUUCGCCUUCCUCCUCGGGUCAGGAGGGUAAGAAGGACGGGAAUUAGAUGUGUCUUAUCUAUCUGGUCGAUUGGGGAGGUGACAGGUCUAGUCCUCUCUGGUUGUUUCCGUUCAUGUAUUUGUAUGAUAGGGAGGAUGUGAAGUUGGGGCUGUAUGCAUAUGUAUUUGUGCUGUGAUGAGCGAGUUGGGCUUUACGUUACUUAGAUAUCGAAAUUUUGGGUGAUUGCAUUGCAUUCAUUGUGUUGCAUCAUGCUCAUGCUCUUGUUCAUGCUUAUUCUGUUUUUAUGAUCUCUGUCUUCUCUGUCUAGGUCUUUGCAGUAUCAAC